AUGUAUAUGGAGCCAUUUAACCAGAAAUCUCUUGAGAGAGUGGUGUCACAGAGAGCUUUGCAAAUUGGUAGCUCAUUUCCAUGUCAAAUUUGUGUGGUGGGUUUUCUCUCUGGAGUUUGUCUCACCUCUUUGUUUUUGGCUGCUCUUACUUCACUGGGAACUUUUGAGUUUGGUGGCAUUUCAUUUUCAGCCAUCUCUCUGGGAAAUUCUCCAUUGAAUUCUUCAAGUUCGGGGUUUAUCAGUGAGUAUACAGUUUCAAGUGCAGACUGCAAACUUAAAAGAAAGGAAAUUAUUACGGAGAGGUGGGUUGAUUCAAAGGGAAGUAAAAAUGGGGUUGAUGAUGAGAGAGUUUCAUUAUUGCAUUCAGCUUGGAGUGCAUUACUCUCCAAAUCAGAAGAUGGAGAAAUUGCAUUCUGGGAAAGUGCUGGACUUAACAAAUCUGCCGUGCCAAAUGCCCCUCAUUUGGAGAACUGCAAAUUGAGUGAACAAGUAAAUGAACGUCUUGAUAAGCGCGCUGAAAAUGAGAGCCUCCCUCCUUGGACAACUUGGAAGGGAUUAUUAGACACUCACCCUGCAUCGAUGCUCAAUGAGCAACUUAGGUACUUUAGGCAUCAAGAAAUAUCUGAAGGUGCUUAUCCUCCCUGGAUUACUGGAUCGGAUGAAGAAAACUAUCCUCUUACUAGGAAAGUGCAGCGUGACAUAUGGCUCCAUCAGCAUCCUGAGAACUGCAGGAAUCCUAAUACAAGAUUUCUGGUUGCUGACUGGGAGAGGUUACCUGGUUUUGGUAUUGGAGCCCAGCUAGCUGGAAUGUGUGGGCUUCUUGCUAUUGCAAUCAAUGAGAAAAGAGUCCUUGUCACCAGCUACUAUAAUAGAGCUGACCAUGACGGUUGUAAAGGUUCUUUCCGCUCCAGUUGGUCUUGCUACUUCUUUCCAGAAACAUCCCAAGAAUGUCGAGAUCGUGCUUUUGAGCUAAUGGGUAGUAAAGAAGCAUUGGAAAGGAGAAUUAUAACUACAAAAGACAAUUAUACAUCAAAAGAAAUAUGGACCGGACGGACUCCAAGGGUAUGGAAUGAACCUUGGAGUUUUUUGCAACCAACAACAGAAAUAAAUGGGAGUUUGGUUGCUUUUCAUCGUAAAAUGGAUCGCAGGUGGUGGAGAGCACAGGCAAUACGCUACUUAAUGAGAUUUCAAACUCAGUACAUGUGCGGCUUGAUGAAUGUUGCCCGAAAUGCUGCUUUUGGGAAGGAAGCUGCAAAGAUGGUUCUUACAAGUCUUGGCAGAGAAUGGCCAGAGGAUUUUGGGAACAAGAGAAGGUCAGAUAUUGAAGAAUUUGUAUGGGCCAAUUAUAGGCCAUGGAUUCCUAGGCCAUUGUUGAGCAUGCAUGUAAGAAUGGGAGACAAGGCAUGUGAAAUGAAGGUAGUUGAGUUUGAAGGUUACAUGCAUCUUGCUGACCGCAUCAGACAGCGUUUUCCGCACCUUAAGAGCAUUUGGCUAUCAACUGAAAUGCAGGAAGUUAUCAAUAAGUCAAAGCUAUACACGAAUUGGAAUUUCUACUACACGAAUGUAACACGCCAAGUUGGGAACAUGACAAUGGCCACAUAUGAGGCAAGUCUGGGCAGGCAAACCAGUACAGAUUAUCCCCUUGUCAAUUUCUUGAUGGCAACAGAGGCCGACUUUUUCGUCGGAGCACUGGGUUCAACCUGGUGCUUUCUCAUAGAUGGUAUGAGGAAUACUGGAGGGAAAGUAAUGGCUGGUUACUUGAGCGUUAACAAAGAUCGGUUCUGGUAG